UCGAUAUUUCCGCGGUCACACUGCUGGCAGCAAAACAAACUGCAAAAAUAAUAAUCCUUGGAGUUCUUCUUAAGCAACCAAAAAAGAGGAACACCCCCCAAGAAACAGGAUGCAGAAGUACGACAAGAUGGAGAAGAUCGGGGAGGGCACUUACGGCACGGUGUUCAAGGGUCGCAACCGUGACACCAUGGAGAUAGUGGCCCUGAAGCGGGUGAGACUGGACGAGGACGACGAGGGCGUGCCCAGCUCCGCCCUCCGUGAGAUCUGCCUGCUGAAGGAGCUGAAGCACAAGAACAUAGUGCGGCUGAUAGACGUCCUUCACUCGGACAAAAAACUCACCCUGGUCUUCGAGCAUUGUGACCAGGACCUUAAGAAAUACUUCGAUAGCCUGAACGGGGAGAUCGACAUGGCCGUCUGCAGGAGCUUCAUGCUUCAACUACUCCGCGGACUGGCCUUCUGCCACAGCCACAACGUCCUGCAUCGCGAUCUGAAGCCGCAGAACCUGCUGAUCAACAAGAAUGGCGAACUGAAGCUGGCUGACUUUGGCCUGGCUAGGGCCUUCGGCAUUCCCGUAAAGUGCUACUCCGCAGAGGUGGUGACCCUGUGGUACCGACCACCUGAUGUCCUGUUUGGAGCCAAGCUUUACACAACCAGCAUAGACAUGUGGUCGGCUGGAUGCAUUUUGGCCGAGCUGGCGGACGCUGGACGACCGCUGUUUCCCGGCUCCGACGUGCUGGACCAGCUGAUGAAGAUCUUCCGAGUGCUGGGCACCCCCAACGAGGACUCCUGGCCGGGGGUAUCGCACCUCUCUGACUACGUGGCGCUUCCAUCCUUUCCGGCCAUCACCUCGUGGAGUCAACUGGUGCCUAGGCUGAACUCCAAGGGUCGCGACCUGCUGCAAAAACUGCUCGUCUGCCGGCCAAAUCAGCGUAUUAGCGCGGAGGCCGCCAUGCAGCAUCCCUACUUCACGGACAGCAGUUCUUCGGGCCACUGAAACGGAUGGGAAUAGUGUUUCCUAUUGUAUUGCGACUGUUUCCACGUACUUUGAUUAGACCUAAGCCGAAACCUAUGAAUGUGUGCAGUGUCCCCAUAUGCAGUAGAUGUCGAUUAUAGACUAAGAUAAACUGUUCUUUAUUACUAUUUGUUUUCUUUUGUCUCGCUUACUAAGCAAGAAAUCAUAGCGAAGUUUGAUUAAUGACAAUCCUUACCAAUGUGACAUUUUAGCUGCCAAAUUAAUCGUUAACGUUUUAACACUGGUUGAUUUUAAAAAGAUCUCAUUUCAAAUCCUUUGAUUUUAAAAUUAUGUUUGUUAACUAAUUUGUUAGGAUCUAACAAAUGUUUAAAAUUGUCAAAGUUUACCUUACGCGAUGUCUACUGUUCGUAUGAGUGUGCACCAAAAACAUGUGUCAUCGGAUAUAAUUAAUUUAAAUCCCACUCUUUUAUUCUGAAUUCUAAGGAACUAAGAUUUCUGGUUUCAAAAAUACAUUUUAAAGACAUGACGUUUAAGGGUUUUUCUGAUUAAAUUAAUAUUUAAAUUCCAAA